AUGGGGCUGUGCUCCCUGGGUGUUCCAGGCCUAUGUGGAGCAGAUUGGAAGGCCUUUCUUCUGCUGCACUUCCGGGUGGUCCCAGGUGGCACAACUGUGCUGGUGGAGCUCACCCCCGACAUCCACAUCUGUGGCAUCUGCAAGCAACAAUUCAACAACCUGGACGCCUUUGUGGCUCACAAGCAAAGUGGCUGCCAGCUGACCGGCACGCCCGGGGCCGCCCCCAGCACCGUCCAGUUUGUGUCGGAGGAAACCGUGCCGGCCACCCAGACCCAGACCAGCAGCCGAACCAUCACCUCGGAAACCCAGACCAUCACAGUUUCAGCUCCAGAAUUCGUUUUCGAACACGGCUAUCAAACCUACCUGCCCACGGAAGGCAGUGAGAACCAGACAGCCACCGUCAUCUCCGUUCCUGCCAAAUCUCGCACCAAAAAGCCCGCCGCGCCCCCUGCUCAGAAAAGACUCAACUGUUGCUAUCCAGGUUGUCAAUUCAAGACUGCCUAUGGCAUGAAGGACAUGGAGCGGCAUUUAAAAAUCCACACAGGAGACAGACCCCACAAGUGUGAAGUCUGUGGCAAGUGCUUCAGCCGGAAGGAUAAGCUGAAGACGCACACGCGGUGCCACACCGGGGUCAAGCCUUACAAGUGCAAGACGUGCGACUACGCGGCGGCCGACAGCAGCAGCCUGAAGAAACACAUGCGCAUUCAUUCCGACGAGCGCCCCUUCAAGUGCCAGCUGUGCCCCUAUGCCAGCCGCAACUCCAGCCAGCUCACCGUCCACCUCCGCUCGCACACGGGGGACGCCCCCUUCCAGUGCUGGCUCUGUAGCGCCAAGUUCAAAAUCAGCUCCGACUUGAAAAGGCACAUGCGCGUGCACUCGGGGGAGAAGCCCUUCAAGUGCGAGUUCUGCAAUGUCCGCUGCACCAUGAAGGGGAACCUCAAGUCGCACAUCCGCAUCAAGCACAGCGGGAACAACUUCAAGUGCCCGCACUGCGACUUCGUGGGCGACAGCAAGGCCACGCUGCGGAAGCACAGCCGGGUGCACCAGUCGGAGCACCCCGAGAAGUGCGCCGAGUGCAGCUACUCCUGCUCCAGCAAGGCGGCCCUGCGCGUGCACGAGCGCAUCCACUGCACCGACCGCCCCUUCAAGUGCACCCACUGCAGCUUCGACACCAAGCAGCCCAGCAACCUCAGCAAGCACAUGAAGAAGUUCCACGGCGCCCUGGUCAAGACCGAGGCCCUGGAGAGGAAGGACGCGGCCAGACAGGGCGGCCGCCAGGUGGCCAGGCUGGACGCCAAGAAGACGUUCCACUGUGACAUUUGCGACGCCUCCUUCAUGCGGGAGGAUUCGCUGCGCAGCCACAAGAGGCAACACAGCGAGUACAGCGAGAACAAGACCGCGGACGUGGCCGUGCUGCAGUUCCAGGUGGAGGCUGGCAAGCAGCCCGCGGCCCCAGCCAAUGCCGCCGCCGCCGCCACGCCCCUCGCCCUGGGGCAGCUCCAAGUGCCCCUGCAGCCCAGUCAGGCGCCCCAGUUCAGCGACGGCAGAGUCAAAAUCAUCGUUGGGCACCAGGUACCCCAGUCCAACACCAUCGUCCAGGCCGCCGCCGCCGCCACAGUGAACAUCGUGCCCCCUGCCUUGGUGGCUGAGAGCGCAGAGGACCUCCCUGGAAAUAGCCGGCUGCAGAUCCUGCGCCAGGUCAGUCUGAUCGCCCCUCCUCAGGCCGCGGGGUGCCCGAGCGAGGCGGGAGCCCUGGCGCAGCCCGCCGUCCUGCUGACCACCCACGAGCAGGCGGAGGGCGCCCCGCUGCACCAGACGCUGCUCCCCGCGCCCCCCGGAGGCUCCCCGGAAGGGUCCGCCAGCCAGACUUUCAUCACCGGCUCGGGCAUCACGUGCGCCGAUUUGGAAGGCCUGAACGCGCUGAUCCAAGAGGGGGCCGCGGAGGUGACGGUGGUGAGUGACGGCCAGAACAUCACCGUGGCCACCACGGCGGCCCCCAUCUUCUCCUCCUCGUCCCAGCAAGAACUCCCCAAGCAGACGUACUCCAUCAUCCAGGGGGCCGCCCACCCCGCUCUGCUCUGCCCGGCCGACUCCAUCCCAGACUAGGACUUGAAUAGUGGGAAGGGGCGGGGGGCGGGGAAACAAAGUAGAAUGCUGUCUGAGGUUUGUUUGCUCCGAGUGUUUUUCAGGAAUGCCGCCCCACCCCCAAACAGGUGUCUUUGAUGUUGCCCACUCAUCACGUCCGAGAGCACCUCCCAUGUUGUAAGUGUAGAACAUUGCAAUUGCCACCAAGGUGCAUGUGAGGAGGGGUUGCCUGGAAAUGAAAUUCAGUGAGUGGCCCCGAGACUAUGUUGCUUUCCAAAUCCAUUUCCCAACUCUAAUAAAGGUUCGGUUUGUGUUUUC